AGAAAUUGACAAAUGAAGUGAGGUUAUGUAAAAAAUUUAAGAUAAAUUUGUCAUAAUAAAAUACGUAAAAAGACCUAAUAAAAAUAUUGAGUAAUACGAGUAAUAUAAUGACGCAGAACUAAACAAGAAGUGAUUAGUUGAGUAGAUUCAGUACAAUUAUAAUUAACUACUAUACAAAAUGUUUCGUCAAUUUUUAAGGGCUUUAGAACCAGUUAGAAAUAGUUUGUCCCGAAGUGUAGUGGGCAACGGAGCCGGAGCAACCGGCAGCAAGUUUGAACAAAACUGCGUAUCUAAGGAACAACAGCUCACUGAGGCCCUCAAAAAGUCGCUGCCAGGGACUACUUAUGUUAGCGUGGAGGACAUUUCAGGUGGCUGCGGGGCUAUGUUCGAGAUCAGUAUAGAAGCUAAAGAGUUUACUGGGCUGUCCCGUGUCAAACAACACAGGCUUGUCACAGACUCGCUGAAAGAAGAAAUCGCUGGGAUGCAUGGGAUCCGCAUUCAUACCAACCCCACACCGGACAGCAAUUAAUUUAUGCAUACUGUUUAAUACCAAUGCAAAGGAUAAUAUGUGCAAGUCUUAAAUUUGUGAACUCUAAAAUAUAGGAAAAAACAAGACAAAGAAGCUGGAAUAGC